CCUCGGUCAUGUUGGAGUGGGUGAAUUGGCAACACUGAGUCAAGUCAGCUGGAGAGUUACUACAAGUUGUCAAGUGUCAGCUGUACCUUGUGGUGUAGUGGACGCCUCAGUCUACAAACGAAGGACCUUUUACAGCUAGGCUAUGAGAAGAUGAGUCGUGCAGAGAAUGAAGCCUAUUGGGGGUCUACAGACACAGCUCCUUCAGCCCUCGACAACUUUUUUGAUGAAGAUAGUAAUGUCAGUUGGACAGGUUAUGCAGGAGGUUACCUGAGUCAAUCCUCCAAGACAGCCCCCUGCAAUGGUUCGGGUAAUGCAGUUUCUCAUGGAGGACAACCUGUCCCCAGCUGCACCAGUAUUACUGACAAUAUCACUAUACAUUCUGUGACAGACAGGGCAGUUGUUGACAUUCCGGGCACAGGAAAUAAUAGUGAGAAGUUGUCUAAAGGUGUUGGCAAGGCUAUUGGUGAAAAAUUGGAUUCUUGGAAACCGCCUUCAGUUUCUAUUAAGUGGAACUCUUCACAAGGACAGGGAAAUGGAUAUUGUGUGCAGUGUUCUGCAAAAGACAAUGAAAUUUCUCAGCUAAAGAAAAGACUGGAAAAUUCUUAUUCAAGAUACAACCUCACGUUACCACCAGAUGAUACUGUCACCCGAAUACUCUUAGGUCAGCCAUACUCUCUAGAGUGUUAUCGUAGUCAUGAAGAUAAACUUGCUUUGCUUGAUGCUGCUUUGAAUACCAUGGAUGGAAGUGCAAUAUUAGCAACAGUGUUACACAUGAAAAACACUGUCAAAAAGAGUCUAUUUAUAAAGGAAAUGCAAGAAAGACCACAUGCAACUCAGCUCUAUGUCACUUAUCUAAAGAAACGCCACAACUAUGCAGAAGCCAUCGACUUUCUCAGGUUGCUUGGGAAGCCUGAUGAUGCCGCUAUCCUUGCAUACGAAUUUGCCCUGACCAGCAGAGCUCCUGAAGUUAAAGUGAAAAACAUGAGAAAGACUCUUGACAACAGCUUCACAGAUCCUAAUCUCUCUUAUGAGGCCAAAAUAGUGAAGGAAAACAUAAAACUGCUAGAAAGACAAAUGGCCAUAGAUGAAACAGAUCAUAAUGAUCUCACGAACCCUAUGCUCACCAAGUACCCUCGUGCUGCUAACAUCGUAGACAAAUCUCUCCUCACCACUCUUUACUACUGUUGUAUGUAUCAUUGGGAUUCUGUGGAGUCGCAUGCUGGGAGUCCGAUGGCCUUGAGAAAAGCCCACAGCUUCACUGAUCAUCAGGUCUUGUGGACAAUACUGCGAGGGCGAGCAAGAGUGAAUCAUUGGCCUUUGCCUAAUGAACUAGAUUCCUGGUUGGGUAGUAAGGGUCUCCUAGGAGCACUAGGGUCAAUAACCUCAGCAUUCAGUGGUGCAGGGAAAGCGAUCUCUACUCUCAAGUCAACUCUUCCUAUUGAGCAGGUGGUGCACACAUUGUCAGCAAGUGGAGCUCCAGCAAAUGUAUUGGCGGUAUACUUAGCUCUGAUAGACUCCAUAGACACUCGUCUCAAGUUGGCCAUGAACUACAAGUGUCACCAAGGUGUCAUUGAUGCUUACAUAUCUCAGAAGGACAGAGAUGCUCUAGAGAAAUACAUGCAUGAGAUACCUGCCGGCUCUCCAGAGUAUCUAAAAGCUGAGAAUGCAUUAAAAAGUGCCAAGUGGAAAAACUAAUGCCAGGAAAUAUUUCAAGUGAAUUUUCGCCAUAUAAUGAUAAAAAUUCAUGUUUGUAUCAUGAAGUGUCUUUUCUAUCAUGUUUUAAUGUUUUAAAGAAAUGUGUCUCUCUCUCUCUCCAUUCCAACACUUUGAUAGAGGAGACACUCAGUAUUCAUGGUUUCACCAUUUACAAGUAUCUCAGGGAUGUAACCCCCACAAAUACUGAAGGUCUUUUCUACCAGACAAAUAUUCAGAAGAUAUUAAUAUACCUGUAGUUCAUUGUUGAUUUUUAUAAUGAGGUAAACAUAUAAGAUUUUCCUAAAUCUAAACUUGACGUUCUUACAUUAGCACAAAAUUGUCUUUGUAUAUAUUCAAUGUAUUGCUAUAUUUUGACUUGCUGUAUGAAUAAAAUUGAAUGUCUUAGUACUUUCAAUACAAUAAAUGCUCAAUUUCUAUUGGUGUUGUGUUCCUGGAAUCCACAAAAAUUUAACUUAAUAUCAUAUUGGAAAAAUGGGAUGCAUUUUGAGACUCCUAUCUUGGCUAUCAAUACUGUACAGUAUAUUGUUAGCAUUUACAGCAUUCUUGUACAGUUCUCAUGUGCACUUGUCUUAUUUUCACUUAUAUAUUGUAUUCCCAUGUACAGAUAUUUGUAGUUAUAUCAUUAUCACUCGGUAAAAGUUGAAAUGAUAAGAGGCUUUAAGAAGGGCCAAAAGCAUUAACUCACCUCAAUGUAUUUACCUACUUAAGUCAAUCAUGGCAAGAAAGGACCCAUCACCACACACUGUUGCAAGCUUCACUGCUUAUAAAUUUGUACAAAAAUACAUUAUUUUGGAAUAAUCUUUUCCUCAAUUAGUUAGAAAAAAUGCUGAGAAAGACGGAGAUGUUGAUGCUUAUUACCAAUACAUUUACAAGUGCUGAGAACCUAGAAAUUGAUUCUAGAAUUUGUAACUUCCACAUCUUUUACUCAAGACCUCUUUGGUUUUGAAAUUCUAUAGUCCAGAUUAUAAUAUCUCAUGUUAAGCCAUUGAAAUCUUUCCCUAAGGCCAAAAGUGGCUGGAAUUUACAUUUAGAGUGUACUGAACAUUCUUAGAGCAGAAGUUUGUUAGUGAAAGCUUCCAUUUCAGAGAAGAGUUUGUACUAAAGUAAUUCUGUAAUAAAAAGCUCCUAGAGUAAAAAUGAGGCAUUAAUAAAUUCUGCAUUGGUUAGUUACCACACCAUGUAGAUAAUGUUUUUGGCAGCUGUUCAGUGUUCUUCAUGUCUAGUUGAAUAAAUCUUUAAAGUCAUCUGAAAAUGUUGUAUGAAAUAUAUGAAAUACUCCCAACAAAAACAAAACAAAACUACAAUUGAGUGGUGGCAUCUAUCUCCCAAAGUCAAGAGUGGGCAGCACUUUUGCCAAUAUGAUAAUUCUCUCACCAGGUCGGGAGACUUAUCACUCCUCUCCUAACAGUUUAUGUUCAGCAACUUGAAAAAAUUUAUAUUAUUUUUGUAAAUUCAUAAUUUUUUUUGCUUCUAUUGCUUUAUUGUUUGGAAUUAUAUGAUUUCCUGGCAAUUAUGAAGAUUUGCAAUAUUUUUCAAUUUGGUUUGACAACUUUUAGAAUGAGAGGCACCAGCUACCAUGCUUGCCUUUGUGUCUGUUGUGAAGCUAACUGUACUAUUCAUUGUCCUUUAUUAUUGUGCUUCAUAUCCCUGUACUGUACUGUUGUUCUCCUGCAUAUUAUUAUGUAUCUGUAAUGUAUUAGAUAAACACAGAAGAAAGAAGGGUAGUGUGGUGUGGUAAGUUUAGGAUAUCAUUGAGGCGUCAGACAACUACCCUGUGUUCCCAUAGCCAGUCAGACUAGACACACCCACACCUGUCCUUUCUGUCUCAUUUUUAAUGCAGAGCAAAUGAAAAUUUUCAUUAUUCUUUGUACCUGUAGUUAUACUUUACAUUAAGCUGAAGGGUAUCCAAAGAACCUGGAAUCAGUGGGAAUUUGUUUUACAUUAACAAAUUUCUAAAAACAAUCUCUUGAUAUUCUUACAGAGAUGAUCAGAUGGUCUAGAUCCCUGAUUUAUAUCCUUUGAUUCUUGUCAUUUUGGACACCCUGUAUAAUAAAAUAAGUUGCAGGUCUAUUAGAAA